ACUCUAUAGUCUAUGGUCAACUGAAUCGUGAUUUUGCAAAUUGAAAUUUUGCAAAACAAAAAUCUUAUUUUCAAUUACCUACCAAGUAUAUUAAACAUAUUACUAUAUUCUAUAAUAUUACAUUACACAGACAUUUACUUUUGCUAAGAAUUUUUUUUUUUCUAAUAUUUGUGAGUCUCUAACAACAAUGGAAGGUAUGGAAAGCCAACCUUGUGUUUUCUUGGGAAUUAAAGUGAAGCCAGGACCUAUAGAGCGUUAUAAAUUAGAGAAUUUCACGCUCGAGAAUACUGUAGACCGACUACGAAAUGAAGCUGAAAAGAAGACCAAUAUCCCAUCUGCAUCGUUGGAAUUGAUUCACCAUGGAAAAAUAUUAAAGGACAACGCUACUCUACAUGACAGUGGUGUUAAGAGUGGUGAGAUGGUGCAUGUUGUUAAGAAAAAAAUGCAGCCUCCGCCAGCGCCCCCAACUACCUAUUCUGAUGCUGAAUUGCAAAUGUUAAAUAACUCCCUCAGAACACUUGGUUGUACCCCUAAUGCUGCUGGUUGGACUAGGGCUAUGCAGCUAUUGAAUGAUGAGUCAGCAAUGGCGGAGAUCAUAGAACAUGCACCCUCGCUGUCUGAAGACUGCAUGACCCUGUCCAUCCUACACGAAGUUGAGCUCCUCGCAGCUCUGGGUGCCAAUCUACAAACAAUGCGGCGAGGGGCAGAGGCGCACCCUGACUUGCCGAAUGCUCUGCGACAGCUUAUGAGGCUUGUCCGAUCAAGAUCCAAUGUUGCUACAACUGAGACAGCACCAACAUCUGGUUUUGCAUACUCUCUGGAGGCGCUCUCCGAGGAUGAAGACGUGGAGGAGGAGGACACGGAGGAGAUAGAGGGCAGGACCGCAAUCACACCCCGGCAGCUCGCGGCUGCUUUACAGGUGGCCACAGAAGCGGUGCUGUCGAGCAGUCGCGGCGCGGACGCGACGGAGCAGGGUCGCUUGCUGCGCCUCUUGCAGGCCGCCGUGGAGCCCGAUGCUCCCGCGUCGGCGCCGCGCACUCCCACAGCAGGAACGGGCACGACCGCGGGCGCUAGCGGCGGCGGCGCCAUCACCGCGGAGAUGUUCAGCUCGGCCAUCAGCCAGGCGCUCACGCGGACCAACCCCGCCGGCACGCCCAUGGAGCAGAGCACCGCAGCUUCGUCGUCGCAAAGCCCGGAGGCGCGCGACGAAGACUUCUCGACGCAGCUGCAGCACAUGCACGAGAUGGGCCUGCUCGACGACGCGCUCAACGUGCGCGCUUUGCUCAUAUGCGCAGGUGACGUGAACGCAGCAAUAAAUUUAGUCUUCAGCGGCGCAAUCGGGGAUGAUUAAAUAAAAUUAUUGUAAAGUUUAAAGGUAAAAAAAGUUUGUUUUUAAAUCCAUUUAUUUAUACUUACAAUUUUGUAUACUUAACUAAAAUAUCACUGGAUGCAAGAAUCCGUAAGAGCAAGUGUAAAAAUAAUUUAAUAGUGAAUACUAUCAAGUAUUAAUUAAAGUAUGCAUACAUUAUAAUUUGUUUUAAUCUCAGUACAGGCCGUUAAAGUUACGUUACGGUUAGUUUUAAACUUUGACCACCAAUAAAACAAAGUGGAUUGCACAAGUGAGUAUAUGCACCUUCAUGAUUGGGUACAAAUAAAAAUGGCCCAAAAUUAAAAAAAAAAUAAGUAAGUUAAGUUAACGGUAAUUGUAGCGUAACUUUAACCACCUGUCUUGCCAACUAUACCUUAGUCUCUAUAUUUAAUAUUUUUUAUUCCUAACAAUUAUUACAUUAAAAUUAUAUGUAGGUAUAUAAACAUUUAAUAUUACGUGAAUUUGUUAAAGUCUGUAGAAUUAUUAUUAGGUGUUCAGU